UGAGCGCUGCAUCAAGUGCGCGGUGGUGAUGCUCCCGCAUUAAACAGCCCGCUGUAUUUUGGCACAGAGGGGGAUGCAUCAGUUUAACCCUCGGCUCUGCCCUCCGGACUCGCCCAUACAGUGUUCAGCCUAGAUAAGUUGAGGGGAUGUGUGAUCCUAUUGUGAGGAAUCCUGCCGCACGAUAUUCCUGAGGAUCUCUCUCUGUUCGUUUUUUUUUCUUCAACUUCGAUGGCUUGAGUGGCCCAUUUGCACUCAUGCUUGCAGCCGAGGAGGGAUGUAAGGUACGGGCCAUCUACCGCCCUCACAUUGCACGGAGUAGCGGCGUGAUUCAGGUCGCUAUCUGAGUGCUAAUAAGAAAAAAAACUACUUUCGAGAUGUGAAUUAUCGAGAUUUGCUACUCAUUCCACCGGCUCGCCUGUCCUAUGCUAUCGACAACGGGAUUUCAAGAGGAAAAUGAUUGUGGCAUAAACUAUUUCUGGAGUAGCUUGUCACAGAUAUCGCCGCUGAACUGUACAGGGUGGAUGGUUAUUUCCCAAACAGUUCAAGCCUAUGUAUACUGCAUUCAUUUAUUGGAAUCGCUGCCUAUUAUCUUCGAGAACAGCGCAAGAGGAAUGCUGGUCCAAGAUCUAAUGCCAUUUACUUUAAGUUUUUGGCCUUUUUUCUUCGGUCAUUGCUUUCUCUCACUGUUUUUACUCUCAUGCCAGGGAGAACUCCAGAGGUCAUGCUCACGGACUGUGGCGGAGAAAGUUAGUGAACAGUGCCAGCUGGCAUGCCACUGUAGAAGAUACCCUCCCCUUCCUCCUCCACCGCCUCCACCGCCUCCCCCACGGCUACUGGGCACCACAGUGGACGAGCCCGUGGUGCCCUUGUUGAGGGCCUGGUGGAUGGAGAUGGACAUUGUAGUGCUUGGAACGGUGGGCUGUGCCUCAGUUGUCUUCCUCCUCUCAGCCAUCAUCAUCUGCUACAAGGCCAUCAAGAGGAAACCACUACGAAAAGAAGAGAACGGGACAAGUCGCGGGGAAUAUGCCAUGAGCAUCCGUAACAAGAAGGCCAUGGGUACAAACAACACUGUGGUGUAGACUGUCUCCUGGUAGACGCAGGAAGUGACAUCAACAUUACCGUCUCUCAACUUACCCCCCCCAAAUACAACAAUCCCUUCUCACCCAUAAUGCAACAGGGUUUUACCCAAGGUUUUCCAAUAGGUAAACCUUCCCUCUUUGUUUGGCAUGUUGCCCGGACUGAAGACACCAUUCAGCUCAAGAGGAGCUGCAAAAGAUGGAAGGAAAAAAAAUCAAGCCAGAAAGGAUAGAGAGAAAAAUCCACAAACCCCCAUGGUGUCGGAAGUGGCCCAGCAGGCUGAACAUUAUGCGUAACAGCAAGUGUUGCUGACAGGCUGGUUGGCUGCUGGCUGGAGAGGGACUGUCUGCCAGUCUGCUGCAGAUCCAGACCUCACACACUGUUGACAUCUGCAAUGGAACAACAGACAAUAACAGCAUCCCUGCAGUCCUACGAGCGGCCAGACAGGACAAGCCCAUCACACACAAUAAAUAAAGUGCAUGCAGUUUUUACAGAGAAUGCAACAUUUGUUUUUACAUUCCAUUCCCAAAACACACUCACUCACAGUCCAUCUUUUGUUCUCCAUUUUUGAGACAGAUGCUUUGUGAGAGGCAUGAUGUUCCUAUCGGUCCUGGCUCUGAGAUGUGGAUUUAUCUGACUAUGCAAUUUAAAGAAAUCCAUAUAAAAAAAGGAGCAACAACAUCAACAUGGGACGUUCUGGUUAUUUUACCAUGCCAAAAAUGCCACUGAAGACUUAGGCUCAAUGUAAUAUACUUCAGUCAUUCAUUGAUUUAUUUGCUCAAUUUAUUUACUAAUCUACCUUUGAAUUUAUUUUUCUACUUAAAAGAAAAAUGUC